UCUGAAUCUUCUUAUGCUCACUUGGAGUGUAGUCCUCUCUAUCUCUCUCUCUGUGAGCUCCAUUCCACCCGUUUGUACAAAAUGUGGCGCGCGUGCUGUGGGAUGCCGACGACGUUCGUUCCAGAGCAGCGGCCAAAGCUGCUGACGGUCCAGGAUCUGAUGGACUGGGCCAAGCACAACAUGCAGCUGCACCCGAACAUGCGCGACGCGCUGGGGACGCUUGAGCAGGCGGCGAACGCGAUCAGUGUGACGACGCUGCUCGAGCCCAAGCAGCUGCGGGUGAGCGAGAUGCGCCGCGUCCCCGUCGCCGAGCUGCGUGCUGCGGCCGUGCUCGAGGCCAUCGAGACGCUCGAGCGCACCUGCCGCGCCAAGCUCACCGACAAGUACACCAGCCAGAGCGACAAGGAGGCCUUCUCGUCCGCUGCCGGCUUUUUCAACUAUGCGCACCAGCUCCUUGCCCAUAUUCCACAAUGACCAACCCGCCGGCGCCGUCCUGGCCUGAAAACGAGAGUUCCUUCCUUCCUUCCUUCCUUCUCCGUUGUUGUCGUUGUGUGUGGGGUGUUAUUGCUGCUGUUUCUGGUGGUUGUGGUUGUGGUUGUGGUGGUUUUGGUGGUUGUGGUUCCGGUUUGGGUGGAUUGAACAUCUCUCCGCUUCGACUUGACUUGC